AUGGAUGCCAGUUUUAUUGAAAUUUUUUUAACAGAGUUAGGUUGUGAACAAUACUUGGAAAGGUUUAUUCAAUAUCAAUUUAUAAGUGCCGAUGAGGUUAAAUACUUGGAUAAAGAGAUCCUUAUCGAGUUAGGUGUUGUUAAGAUUGGUGAUCGAAUUCGUAUUUUGCGCAAGGCUAGGUCAAUAGACAAGCAGAAGGAGGCUAAUUUAACUAGUCAGUUAAAUGGUAUUAUUGAUCGAAUCAAUUCACUUUCUGCAGGUGGUGGGGGUGGUGGAAGUAGUUCUUAUAUGAAUGAGGAGCUGGUCACCGAUAAACAUUCAGUGAUAUUUAUCUUGAAUGAUGGGUCCGCCAAAAAAGUUAAUGUUAAUGGUUGUUUUAAUGCCGAUUCGAUUAAAAAACGUUUAAUCAAGAGAUUGCCUAAUGAAUUGUUAACUGUAAAACCAUCAGGUGAAGGGACAAGAGCUAUUGAAGAUUAUGACGUGUUUGUGGUGGAUUAUAAUAAAAAUGUUCUUCAUUUAUUAUACGAUGUUGAAUUGGUCACGAUUUGUCAUUCUAGUGACCGUCUGGAAAAAAAUAGGUUGAUAUUUAUUUCGAAAGACCAGACUCCAAGUGACAAAGCUAUAUUAACUUCCAAAAAACUAUACUUGAAGACCUUAAGUGUGUUGUAUAGAGUUGGAUCUACAGAAGAAGGAAAUUCCAACUCAAAUUCAAGUUCCAAUUCCAAUUCCAAUUCCAACUCUAAUUCCAACUCAAAUUCUAAUUCCAACUCAAAUUCAAAUGGUGCUUUAACUCCUUUACAAGUUGCCUCUCAACUAAAUAGUCAAACUCAUUUGAAGAUCGAGAACCAGAAAAAUGGCAUGCGUAAGAUAUUUAACCAAAGACCUCCAAGUGAAUACAUUUCAACAAAUUUAGCCGGCUAUUUCCCUCAAACGGAUAUGAAGAAAUUACAGAAAACUUUAAAGGAAUCAUUCAGACAAUCUGCAAGGUUAACAUCUUCCAGUGGGAAAUUUUUGAACCCAGAAUCGAAUAAAAUAGGCGACAUUUUACUUAAACAUUCAACUGCGGUCGAUACUGCACUUUUAGAAAGUAUUAAGCAAGCAGAGCCUACGCCAACUGAGAAAGUUACUGUUAAAAGAAAUAGUGAUCAACCAGAUCAGAAGAAAAGAGAGUCUUCUAGUAACAAUACAUCUGGAUACAUCGAUUUAUUCAAAAGUUCAGAUUUUGAAGAUGAUGCUACUGAAGAUGAAGAAAAUGGAUUGGUUUCAAUUCCAACUAAAGUUGCGACACCUAAGGCUUGGCUAAGAGGUGCAUGCAUUGGCUCUGGUAGUUUUGGGAGUGUCUAUCUAGGAAUGAAUGCAUUGACAGGUGAGUUAAUGGCAGUUAAACAAGUUGAAAUUCCUUCAGAAUUGGUCGCAGGAAGUAAAGGAGACAAGAAGAAACUAACGGAUUCAAUGGAAAAGAAUGACAAACAGAAAAAUUCUUACCAUAUCCAUAAAAAAAUGGUAGAUGCACUACAGCAUGAAAUGAACUUAUUAAAGGAAUUGCAUCAUGAAAAUAUUGUUACCUAUUAUGGUUCAUCACAAGAAGGUAAUAAUUUCAAUAUUUUCUUGGAAUACGUCCCAGGUGGUUCUGUUUCUUCAAUGUUAAAAAGUUACGGUCCUUUUGAAGAAUCUCUGAUCACAAAUUUCACCAGACAAAUUUUAAUAGGUGUCUCGUAUUUGCAUAAAAAGAACAUCAUCCAUAGAGAUAUCAAAGGUGCCAAUAUCUUAAUUGAUAUUAAAGGAUGUGUUAAGAUUACAGAUUUUGGUAUUUCCAAAAAACUAUCACCACUAAAUAAAAAACAAAAAAAUGAUAGAAGAGCUUCUUUCCAAGGUUCUGUUUAUUGGAUGGCUCCGGAAGUUGUCAAACAAACUGCCACUACAGAAAAAAUAGAUAUUUGGUCAACUGGAUGUGUGGUAAUUGAAAUGUUUACAGGUAAACAUCCAUUUCCAGAUUUUUCUCAAAUGCAAGCAAUUUUUAAAGUUGGUACUGAUACAACUCCAGAGACUCCAUCUUGGGCAUCUGAAGAAAGUACAGAUUUCUUAAAUAAAACAUUUGAAAUUGAUUAUAAAAAACGUCCAACGGCAAUUGAACUUCUACAACAUCCAUGGUUAGACACCCGUGUACUAUAA